UGUAUUGAUUAAUCUCUUUCCUAACCGCCAUAACUUCUUAAGAAUUUGGCGUAACAUGUUGAUAAAUUGUUUGCUUAAUAGCAUGUUCUAUGAAUUCUUUAUCAAUGGGACAAUCAAUCCUUCUAAAGCGUUCCUGCCUAGUUCUUUAUUGGGCAGCAAAUACUUUCCUUCUGCAUGGAGGCGAGGGUAUUUUGAAUUAUGGAAAGCUGGGUAUCUUUUACUGGAAUUACGAUCUUGCUUCAACUAUCAUUCAAGUGCAAGAUGUGAUUUUCAUGAUGAAAAAGAUACCCCUCACUGUGCCUUAGCAUAUUGUAAAUGUCUGUGUUAUUUGCUUUCUGAUGCAGUCUGUCCUGUGUUUGAUGUGGUGCUAACAGAAAGACAUAUUCCAACUCAUGCUGUUGAAGAGAAAGCGUAUGUUGUUAUAGAAGAAGAUGAUUCUUCACUGGGAUGGAGAAAAGUUCCUUGUAGAAGACAUCUUGACAGGAGACGAACUAUGACAACUUGUGGAGUUUUUUAUUUGAAAAUUUUGGAGUCUUUCUUUUUUUCCUUAGGAAAAAACAGUCAUAGAAUCUUAUAAGGUAUGUGAAGUUGAAUUUUACAUGCUUAUUUUAUAAAUAAAGAGAAUAGUUCUAUCAACAUAAUAUAUUAACAAUAAAGUGAGUAUUUUGUUUGUAUUUUAAUUACAGUGUGACUUAAAGAAUACAUUAUUAUUCACUUUGAAAUAUUUUUCCUGCACAAUUCAUUUCAGAAAUACAGGUGGUUAUAAAAACAAUGGAAACACCAUAAAUUAAUAUUAAACUCCUUAUUAAUAAGGCAUAGGAUCAGCUUUGGCAUCUCAAUACAGUUUGGUUUCAACUGGAAAUCGGGUCAUACAAGCGUUGAGUAGUAUUUGGGGGAAUACUGUACCAUUUUUCAUGGAGAUAUUACAAAAGUUCAGCAAGAGAUGCUGGUGGAUAUGCUGCUUCCAGACUGAACUGUCUAAAACACCCCAUAACUGUUCAAUUAUAUUGAAGUUGGGACUGUGCAUGCCAAGAUUUAUCAUUUCAUCCUCAUGUUCAUCAAACCAUGAUUGGACAGGUGCCACUUAUGAAUAGGAGCAUUAACAUCCUGGAAAAUUGCAUUUCUUGCAGAAAACAAAGUAUAUAUCAUAGGAUAAACCUGGUCGGCUAAAAUUUCUCUAUACUUCUCUCCAGUGAUCCUUCCAUUCAGGGUUAUGACUGGACCAGAAGAAUAUUACAGUAUGGCUGCGUAUAUAAUGGCAAUGGCUACGACAGGCAUUCCCUGCCUCAUAGUUGGAAGCAGACAGUGACGAUCAUACACUUGUGCUGGUGUCCUACAAACUUGUUCCCAUGCUGUUGUGGGAAAAAAUGUGAAAGAUGAUUCGUCUGACCAUGUAACGAUCUUCCACUUAUCAUUUGACCAGAUUAUUAUUAUUAUUAUUACGGCACCACUAUAAAUCACGUUUGAAGCUAACAUCUUUUUAAAGUAGCUUGGGAAUUGAUGCUCUAUCGUAAAUGUUCUAUCUAUGAAUGUGCUUUCUUACUGGACAACCCAAAUAAUUGAGCUCUGUGAUCAUUUUGGUUGCUGUCGUUUUCUUUUUGGACAUUACAAUCAUCUUGGGUACCUAUCAGUCUCUUGUGCUCAGUUUUUCUUUCAGUCCAUUAUUUUGCUUAGCUGAAUUUGUCUUGCCACUUUCUGUAUACACUGUAAUGAUUUUAGACACUGUACCUCUGGAAGCACUUAAAAGCUGUGAUAUUACAGUCACAGUUGCUCCACUUAAUUGAGUUUCUACACUUUGGCUUCUUUGAAAGACUAUGAGAUCUGACAUUUUACACAUUUGACAAAAAUCCAAGACAUACACAAUUUAACUGAAGCUACCUCAAAGUACCAUGAUAUAUAUAUUUUUACAUAUAAAGACUUAUAGCUAGGAUUAUAAUUUAAUGCUUACGAAGUGCAUUUUUAAAUAGCACUUUUAUUCACAUGUUUCCAUUAUUUUGAUAACCAUCUGUAUAACUUAGAGUAAAAUAUGCUUAAUUUUGUGUCACACAUCUGGUACUGUUGUUAAAUUUUUCAGAAGAUUCGAAGGAUGUUAAUUUUUCAUAACAGUAAGUAUAAUUUGACUUUAUUAUACUCUGCAACACAAAAGGGGGGGGGAUCAUAUGUAGCUUGUUCUUGGUAAAGCAUGUCCCUAUGACAUGUGUAGGGCAGGUAGGUGGUUUACUUUUAAAAUAUUUUUUUUCUGCUGAAAUAAAUUGACUUAAGAAGUUGAGAUCUUUUUUAAAUCAAACUAGCAGAACAAUUCCCAUUACAUUAUGUAUGAGCCUAAUAUAAUGCUAUUAAAAUAAAGUAAUAAAUAAUAAUGUUUUUUUUUUUUUUUUUUGAUAAUGGCAUUUCUUGGUGAACUGUAGACGAUAAAAAUCUAAAUAAAUAUCUGAAAAUGAAUGCAUUCUGAAAAAGAGAGCAGACAAUAAAAAAAAAGUUUAUUGCAAAUGAUGCUGUUGAAAUUUAAAUUAUAUAAAUAACUAAGAGGUCAAACUCCCUGCUGUCUGUUUGCUUGCUAAUGCCCAAGAAUUGUGUUGUAAUUUUUUCAAAUCACUAUGCUGAUUUGUAAGAAGAUAAACGGAAUGCUUGAACUCAGAUUCCUAGCCUCCCUAAUCUUGCAAAUAAAGAGAAGUAGCGUAACAAUUCAAAUACCUGAGGAGUAUCGAGAGAUCCUUGUGGAUUCCCUGCUUGUUCACCACAAUGUUGUGUGUUUUUGUUAGUAAUAAAAAAAUUGUAAUUAUAUUAUGUAUUAAAAAUAAAUUUAAACUAUUUGAAAUCACAUAAAAUGUUAUAAUUAAUUUUUCGUCCAGCUUUAAAAACUAAAUCAUCCAGUAUUAAAAUGUAAUGGUAGGAUUUAUAUGAAUAUUAUUCAAAAGACUCUAUUUGCUAUCAAAUGUAUUUGGUUAUUAAUUUGUGAUUUUUCACUUGCAUGCAGUUGGUUGUCUUACACCAUAAAUUAUUUGGCAUUUUCUUUGUCAAUUAAUUGCUAGCAUGCAAGUAGUAGUAUCAAAUCGUAUAAUUUCAAGGUAUCAAAACAACAAAAUUAUUUACAUCAUUUAGAAUCAGGCUUUUAAAAACUUAUAUGUUUUACCAACUGU